UUUUUUUUUUUUUUUUUAUUACAAAACUUUUUUUUUAUUCACAAAUAAUUUAAAAAGAAAUAAUGGAACAAAAAAGAUUACAAGAUUCUUUAGAAAGAAAGGCAGAUUGGAAAUAUUGGGGUACAUACGUUAGUGACCGUCAAUGGGCAACUGUUAGAGAGGAUUAUAGUUCAGAUAAUCAAACAUGGUCUUAUUUCCCACAUGAUCAUGCAAGAAGUAGAGCUUAUAGAUGGUCAGAGGAUGCACUUGGUGGUUUUUGUAAUAGAUUUCAAAAUGUUUGUUUAGGUUUAGCUUUUUGGAAUGAAAAUGACCCAAUUAUCAAGGAAAGAUUAUUCGGACUUGGUGGAAAUGAGGGAAAUCAUGGGGAGGAUUGCAAAGAGCAUUACUUUUAUGUUGAUAAUACACCAACUCACUCUUAUUCAAAAAUGUUAUACAAGUAUCCAAUGAAUGAAUAUCCUUAUAGCAAAUUAGUUAGUGUUAAUGGUCAACGUUCAAAACAAGAGUCAGAAUAUGAACUUGAAGACACCGGUAUUUUCGACAAUAAUGAAUAUUUUGAUUGUUUCAUAGAGUAUGCAAAGGCCGAUCAAGAAGAUAUUUUAUGCAGAGUUACCGUUCACAAUCGUUCAACUGAUAAAGAGGCACCAAUUCAUGUAUUACCACAUCUUUGGUUUAGAAAUACUUGGUCUUGGGGUUACACUGACCGUCGUCCAUAUAUCCACAAACACACUCAUAACCAAUUGGUAUCAGAAGAGGUUCAUAUUGGUAAAAGAUAUUAUAUUGUACAAACUGAUGAGUCAGAGCAACACGCUGAUACAAAUUCAAAAGAAAUUAAUUAUCUUUUUACAGAAAACGAUACAAAUACUCAAAAGCUUUUCAAUUGGCCAAAUGCUAGCCCAUAUGUCAAAGAUGGUAUUAAUAACGCCGUUGUAAACAAGUGGAUGGAUUGUGUAAAUCAUAGCAGUGGUACAAAGGUAGCAGCUCAUUGUAAGAAAACUUUAAAGCCAGGUGAGUCAUUUACUGUUAAAAUUAGAUUUGCAAAUUACGAGUUUGAUGAGAAUGAAGCUUUUGCAGAUUUUGAUCAAGUUUUCAAAGAUAGAAUUAGAGAAGCCGAUGAAUUUUAUGAAAAUAUUGUUUAUAAAAAUAAUGACUGUGGUAUUGAUUUUAUGGAUAAAGAUUUAAAGCUAAUUCAAAGACAAUCAUUGGCAGGUUUGCUUUGGACCAAACAAUAUUAUCACUUUGGGGUUAAUAUGUGGAAGAAUGGUGACCCAGCACAUCCAAGAGCUCACCCAGUUCACAGAAAUAACCAUUGGGAUCAUUUUUAUGCAAAUGACGUUAUUAGUAUGCCAGAUAAGUGGGAAUUUCCUUUCCUUGCCUCAUGGGAUUUAGCCUUUCAAAUGAUACCAAUGAUGUUGGUCGAUAUUGAAUGGACUAAAAGACAACUAAUUUUGGUUACUCGUGAAUGGUAUACUCAUUCCUCCGGUCAAUUCCCAGCUUAUGAGUUUGAUUUUGGUGAUGUAAAUCCCCCAGUUCAUGCCUGGGCUACUCUCGAGGUAUACAAUCAUAUUUUAAAAACCACUGGUGUUAAAGAUUUAGAAUUUUUAGAGCAAAUUUUCCAUAAGUGUCUUUUAAAUUUCACAUGGUGGGUUAACAAAAAAGAUAUCAAAGGUAACAAUAUCUUUGAGGGUGGUUUCUUGGGUUUAGAUAAUAUUGGUGUUUUCGAUCGUUCCUCAUCAUUGCCAAAUGGUGCAAAACUUCAACAGGCCGAUGGAACCUCAUGGAUGGCUUUUUACAGUGCCAAUAUGUUAAAGAUCGCUUUAAUUUUAGCCAAAGAGAGAAGAGCCUACGAAUCAAUUGCAACUAAGUUCUUAGAGCAUUUUAUUAAUAUAGCUAAAAGUAUUAAUUCAAGAAAUGGUUUAUGGAAUAACGAUGAUGGUUUUUAUUUCGAUUCAAUUGUUUCACCAGGUCAAACCGAAUCACAUCAAAUUAAAGUUUAUUCAUUUGUUGGUUUAAUUCCAUUAUUUGCAGCAGAGAUUUUAGAUUAUGAAACAUUACAGGCACUACCAAAAUUCAAAGAGCGUUUAGAUUGGUUUGUUAGAUAUCGUCCAAAUCUUGUUAAAAACAUUGCCCCAUUCACAUCACCAGGUCAAAAUAAAUCAAGAUUGCUCUCAAUUGUUAAUCGUGAAAAAUUAGAAAUGAUUCUCAAGAAAAUGUUAGAUGAAAAUUGGUUCCUUUCUGAAAAUGGUAUCAGAUCAUUAUCAAAACAUCAUCUUCACGAACCAUACAGAAUGGAAGGUACUGAUGCAUGUGUAACCUAUCUCCCAGCUGAGUCCGAUAGUGGUAUGUUUGGUGGCAAUUCAAAUUGGCGUGGUACCAUUUGGUUAGCAGUAAACUAUUUAAUGAUACAAUCAUUAAGAACCUAUUAUCAAUACUAUGGUGAUGAAUUACAGAUCGAAUACCCAACAGGUUCAGAAAAUUUUGUUAAUUUAGAAUUUAUUGCAGAUGAUAUUUCAAAACGUUUAAUUGGUAUCUUUAGAGAAAAUAAAGAAACCGGUUCAAGAAAAUUCUCUCAAGUUAAACCAAUCUUCAAAAAUGAACACUGGAAGGAUUAUUUAUUAUUUAAUGAAUAUUUCCAUGGUGAUACCGCUCAAGGAUUGGGCGCCUCUCAUCAAACUGGUUGGACUGCAUUAGUUGGGAAAUUAAUUAGCGAAAUUAAAUUUAAUAAAUCAAAUUAAAUAAUAUUAUUUAAAAAUAAAUAAUAUAUUAUAAAAACAAAAAUUUUAAAAAUAAAAUACAAGACAGCCAAUAUUUUCUUUUUUAUUUUUUUUUAAAUUUAAAGAACACAAAU